GCCUCGGGGCUGGUGCUGCAGUGGCGGCCGCGGUUCCAGCGCGUCCCGUGCCGUUGCCCCGCGAUCGCCAUGGCGGAGCUGUACCCGCUGGCCGAGGAGCUGUCGUGCUCCAUCUGCCUGGAGCCCUUCAAGGAGCCGGUCACCACGCCGUGCGGCCACAACUUCUGCGGGUCGUGCCUGAGCGAGACGUGGGCCGUCCAGGGCGCGCCGUACCUGUGCCCGCACUGCCGCGCCGUCUACCAGACGCGGCCGCAGCUGCACAAGAACACGGUGCUGUGCGCCGUGGUGGAGCAGUUCCUGCAGGCCGAGCUGGCCCGCGAGGCUCCCGCCGACGGCUGGACGCCGCCCGCCCGUGCCGCGGCCCCCAGCCAGGCCGCCUGGGUGGCCUGCGACCACUGCCUGAAGGAGGCCGCCGUGAAGACGUGCCUCGUGUGCAUGGCCUCCUUCUGCCAGGAGCACCUGCGGCCGCACCUCGACAGCCCCGCCUUCCAGGACCACCCGCUGCAGCCGCCAGUUGGAGACCUGCUGCGCCGCAAGUGUCCCCAGCACAACCGGCUGCGGGAGUUUUUCUGCUGGGAGCACGGCGAGUGCAUCUGCCACAUAUGCCUGGUUGAGCACAAAGCCUGCUCGCCCGUGUCCCUGAGCCAGGCCAGCGCUGACCUGGAGACCAAGCUGAGGCAUAAAAUAACUGUCAUGUACAGUCAGAUCAAUGGGGCAUCGAGAGCGCUGGAGGACGUGAGAACCAGGCAGCAGGAUGUGCGGGCUACUAUAAACAAGAAGAUGGAGCAGCUUAGACAAGAAUACAUGGAGAUGAAGGCUCUCAUUGAGGCCUCGGAGGCCACCUCGACACGGAAGAUAAAGGAAGAGGAGAAGAGGGUCAACGGCAAGUUUGACGCCAUUUAUCAGGCUCUCCUCAAGAGGAAGGGUGAGAUCCAGAAGCUGAAGGAGGAGAUUGAACUCGGCCUGACCAAAGGGGAUGAGUUGGAGUUUCUGGAGAAAGCGUCAAAACUGCAGGGAAUCUCCACGAAGCCGGUGUACGUCACCAAGGUGGAGCUGAACCACGAGCUGAUGAAGGGCGUCCACCAGAGCACCGUGGACCUCAAGAAUGAGCUGAAGCGCUGCCUCAGGCAGCUCCAGGAGAGGAAGCACGAGGAGCACACGGGCUCAGGUGACUCUGGAGAGCAUGUCCCAGUGUCCACACACAAAGCCUCACGCCCUGUGAAAGUCUCAAAAGACGAAAAGACAUCCAAGAAGCUUUCCGCGCCCCCUGCCUCACCUAGCAAGCUUCCCACCUUCGGAGCUCCGGACCAGUCAGUGGAUUUAAAACAAGCUGGCCUGGAGGCUGCAGCCAAAGCCGCCAACUUGAAGGCGAACUCAGAGUCGAUCAAGGCCACAGUGCUGGGGAACUUCCUAGCCAAGUCCAGACCCGAGCUCCUGGAGUAUUAUGAUAAAGUCAUCCUGGACUACAACACUGCCCACAACAAGGUGGCCCUGUCAGAGAACUACACUGUAGCUUCUGUGGCCGACACUCCUCAGAGCUACCGGCCGCAUCCGCAGAGGUUCACGGCCUGCUCUCAGGUGCUGGGCCUGCACUGCUACAAGAAAGGGAUCCACUACUGGGAGGUGGAGCUGCAGAAGAACAACUUCUGCGGGGUCGGCAUCUGCUACGGCAGCAUGGAACGCAGGGGCCCCGAGAGCAGGCUCGGCCGCAACAGUGCCUCCUGGUGCGUGGAGUGGUUCAACACCAAGAUCUCUGCCUGGCACAACAACGUGGAGAAAACCCUGCCCUCCACCAAGGCCACGCGGGUCGGCGUGCUUCUCAACUGUGACCAUGGCUUCGUCAUCUUCUUCGCUGUUGCCGACAAGGUCCACCUGUUGUAUAAGUACAAGGUGGACUUUACUGAAGCCGUGUACCCGGGCUUCUGGGUGUUCUCUGCAGGUGGCACGCUCUCUAUCUGCCCCCGCAACUAGGCAGGCCACAGGCACGCGGGUUGACUGUCUGCAGAGACCCGAGACUCUAACGACGAUACUGCAGGUGGGACUUUCCUCAGAGAACUCCCCCAAGAGCCCCCAAGGGUUGGAAGGAUGGGAUGGGA